AUGGCAGAAGAAAACUCCCCUCAUUCUUCAGCUUCAUCUCGUAUUCUUAACCCUUCAGAUGAUUCCUCUAGCCCAUAUUAUCUUCAUCCUAGUGAUAAUCCGGGUUCUCUCUUGGUGUCAGAAAUCUUUGGAGGAGACAACUACAUUGCUUGGAGUCGUUCAAUCACCAUUGCCCUCACUGUGAAGAACAAGAUAGCUUUCAUUGAUGGCUCAAUUACUGCUCCUCCUACUACUCAGCGUCUUAAUCAUACUGCUUGGCUUCGUGCCAAUAAUUUGGUACUUUCUUGGCUCAUGAAUUCUAUUUCUAAAGAUAUUAGAAAUAGUUUACUCUAUGUUGCAUCUGCUGUAGACCUCUGGAAUGAGUUAAAAACAAGAUAUUUGAGAAGUGAUGGACCAAGGGUUUUUCAUCUUGAAAAAUCCCUAAGCUGUAUAAACCAAGGUUCAUCCUCAAUUACAGAAUAUUUCAGUGCUUUCAAGACUCUUUGGGAUGAGUAUGUCAAUUAUAGGCCACUUCCAACUUGUACAUGUGGCAAGAUGGCUUCUUGCACCUGUGAUCUGUUCAAUUUCUUGCUUCUUAGGCAACAGUCAGAUUACGUGUUGAAAUUUCUGGUAGGAUUGAAUGAUUCUUAUGCCUCAGUAAGAAGUCAAUUGUUACUUGCUGUUCCAUUGCCUAGCAUGGCUAAAGUGUUUUCUUUGCUGCUUCAAGAAGAAAGUCAACGGCAAUUGACCAACUUCACAAGUAAUGACACACAUGCUUUGUUGGCCAAGCAUUAUACUCAGUCCAAUCAGAAUACUCAGUCCAAGUUCAUCAAAGACAAGCUGAAGAAAUCCUCACUGCAUUGUACUCACUGUGGUUAUAAUGGUCAUACAAUUGACAAGUGCUUUCAAUUGCAUGGCUAUCCUCCUGGAUGGACUGGACCUAAGGGAAAAAGAAAUCUUCCUUCUGCACAUGCAGCCAUUUCAACUGAAGAGGUCUUUAUUAAAAACAGUAAUGAGAGCCAAAGGUUUAGUCUAACUGCUGAAGAAUUCAAUAAACUCAUUGCACUUGCCAAUUCGAGUUCAAAUACUCAGAACAUUGAUACAUCCACAGCAGCAGUAAAUCUAGCCACCACUCAAUUUUCUGGUAAUCUUUUCAGUCAAUGCAAUUCUGUUUCUACCAAGUUAAAAUCUGAAUUUUCUUGGAUCCUAGAUACUGGUGCAACAGAUCAUAUGAUCUGUUCACCACUGCUAUAUUCUUCUACUCCUAAACCAGUUACAAAUUCCAUAAAUCUUCCUAAUGGUCAAACUGUUCCAGCAUUAUAUAUUGGAACUGACCAAUCAAUGAAGAAGAUGAUUGGGAUUGCCUAUGAGAAACAAGGCCUUUAUUACCUACCUCAAGCUUCUUCAAAAGCUAAUUCUUGCCAGCACAAUCAGUUUAAUCCUACACCAAUCUCUGCAUCAAUCAUUACUCGAAAUCAGCCAAACCUUUGGCACUACAGAUUAGGUCAUGUCUCAAAUUCUAGAAUACCUUUUCUUAGACAAAUAGACAAUUCAAUAACAUUUGAUUGUACAAAUCUUCCAUCAUACUGA